AGGAAUAUUUUUGUUUUACAAAAAUAAACUCAAAAACAAAAACAUUUUAAAAUUAAAUUACAAAAUAUAUUUGCAAAAUUGUUAAAAUAAUGAGUGAAGAAACUGUCUCGGGUGAAGAAUAUACUUUAGAUGUAGAUUCUGAAUUAAGAUUCGAAAUAGAAUCUAAGGAUUCUAAAGUUGUAGUUGAGCUAAAAUCAGGUCAAGCAGAAAUGUUUGGAACAGAAUUAGUUAAAAGUAAAACUUAUGAAUUCCAAACAGGUGCUAAAGUAGCUAUAUUUACAUAUCAUGGGUGUGUUGUAAAACUUAAAGGCAAACCGGAUGUUAAUUAUAUAUCAAAAGAAACUCCAAUGGUUUCAUAUUUAAAUUGUCAUGCUGCAUUAGAACAAUUACGACAAUCAGCUGAUGAAAAUGAUUCUCGUGGACCUGUUGUAAUGAUUGUUGGACCACAAGAUGUUGGAAAAACAACAUUAUGUCGAAUAUUUUUAAAUUAUGCUGUACGUCUUGGUCGUAGACCACUUUAUGUUGAUUUAGAUGUAGGUCAAGGAGCAAUUUCAAUACCUGGCACAAUUGGUAGUGUACUUAUAGAAAGACCAGCAUCUUUAGAAGAAGGAUUUUCACAAACGGCACCUUUAGUUUAUCAUUUUGGACAUAAAUCACCAGGUGAAAAUGAUGCUUUAUAUAGAACAAUUGUUUCAAAAAUGGCUGAAGUUUGUCUUGAAUCAAUGAAUGUCAAUAAAAGAAAUAAGUCAUCUGGUAUAAUAAUAAAUACAUGCGGUUGGGUUAAAGGUGCCGGUUAUAAACAUUUAUUACAUACAGCUAGUGCAUUUGAAGUUGUAGGAAUAUUUGUAUUAGAUCAAGAGAGAUUAUAUAAUGAACUUUUAAGAGAUAUUCCAUCAUUUGUAAGAGUUGUUUUAUUACAAAAAAGCGGUGGUGUUGUAGAACGUAGUGGUGCUAUUCGAAUCGAAGCAAGGGAUCAAAGAAUUAAAGAAUAUUUUUAUGGAUCCCGAACACCAUUAUAUCCAUUUUCUUUUGAUGUUAAAUUUGCUGAUUUAAAAAUAUAUAAAAUUGGUGCUCCGCCUUUACCAGAUUCUUGUAUGCCAAUUGGAAUGAAAGCUGAAGAUAAUAAAACAAAAUUAGUUGCAGUACAACCUGGACCAGCUAUGUUACAUCAUAUAUUAGCAGUUAGUUUUGCUGAAUCAACUGAAGAAGAAGUUAUUACAACUAAUGUUGCCGGAUUUAUUUGUGUAACUCAAGUUGAUAUGGAUCGACAAGUAAUCACAGUAUUAUCACCACAACCGAGACCAUUGCCAAAUACAAUUUUGUUGCUUUCAGAACUUCAAUUUAUGGAUAGUCACUGACGAAGGGGGAACAUUUAUAGUUUUAGGCGCUGCUGAUAAAUUUAUUUUUAAUAUAAUUUAAAUAUUAUUAUUAUUAAAUUAAAAAAUGCGAUUUUAAUUUUGUAGCUUCAGUUUGUAAAAUACUACAUUAUAUUUUGUUUUUAAAUUCAUAUUCAUAAUGAAUCGAGAUGUGAAUAAUAUAAAUCAAUAAAUAUGUAAAAUAUGUAUGUAAAAUUAAAAGAAUUGAAAUAAUACUACUAAUAUUGUUGUAAGGUGUUCAAUAAAAAAUUGUAUUAUAUGUAGUAAAUGAGUAAUAAAUUCAGAUUUUAUAAUAUUUUUGUAAAAAGCGAAGAGGAAUUAUUAAACUAAUGAGAUUGCAAUUAAACUAUGAAUUAUUAAUUUACUGAUUAUUUAGAAAUCACAGAAUUUAUAAACAUAUAGUAUAGACAGUAAAAUUUGAGUUUAAAUUGUUUAAGGAAAUGUA